CAAAAUCGAGUUCUUCAAAUUUUAUAUCACGAAACCUAUUGCAAUGAAUCCAUAUACAAAAGAUGUUGACUUACAAAUUCUUUACACGAGGAUUUUGAACACAAAUCACUACCACACAGGCAUUUGGAUCAGUCAAUCUGUAUGUUGAUCUCAUGGUAUAUUAUGAGUAGACUUGUAUGGACAUGAAAAGGAUCAAAACAUAAAAAUACAUUCAGUAAUCGUUUUCAAAACAUCGUGAAAUAGAGUAAUGACAUGCGGUAUGAGUCACUAAGAACACUGCCUAGUAAACAAGUACACCAACAAAUACUCAUAUUCAAAAAUCGACAACAUCCCUCUUAUUAUUCAUUCAUCAUUAUUCCAUUACUCCACCCUAUCGAACGGCACUGGACGAAUCGGGAAGUUUCCAAUGGUGAUGAAUGAACGAACCGUGGGUAAAUAAAACGCAACAAAAAUCCUUUCACAUCGUGUGAGAGCGUAGUUUUCCGAACACAUCUAAUCAACUAAAAUUUGCACAUUCCAAAGCGAAAAUCGCUGAUGAUAGCCAUCAGGAGGCGAUGAACCUCGUGAAAAAAAAAAACAAAAACGACAAAAACAUACCCAAUCGGCCAUUUUUGACGGGUUACUAUUAUGUACCAGUACCGUAGUAGUGAGGAACGCUAGCGCUCCCAUUAUUUAGCACACGACGACGUUGUCGUCGUCGUUGCUGUCGGUCGGCUGACAGACUGGCUGCUCUGCGUUUCUGCUGCUGAUGAGGGUUGCCUGCCAUUGUUAUUGUUGUUGUUUCUUCAGGCCGUGUCAGUCGCCCGUAGUAUUGGGCGAUGGGACUGCAAAUAUCGACUUUAUUCGUCUAAAUUCAAUGAACGACCUCAGUUUAAGUUCCAGACUUUAAGGUCUCUGGAAUUUGAGGUGCUCUACCCAAGUAUCUACCAAGUAAUAUCAAACUUUUGGGUAAUACCUAAUUAUAAUUUUAAUACUUCUCGAAUACUUUUUCAAAAGGACGUAAGUCGAAAAAUGUAAACAAACUGGGUUUAUGCGGUGAACGAUUGCAAUUGCUUCUAUAAUUGCACAAAUUUGACAACCAUAACCAUAGUAAUUGAAACAAUUUUUUUAUAUGUAUUUUUCAAAACGACGGAACAUCCCUAUUUUUCGAUGCUAUAAAAAAAAUAUUUACGCCCUUUUGGAUUCAAAUUGACGAAUCUGACAAGUUGACUGACAGCAUACUUACGCUGGAAUGAAAACAACGAAAGUGACAAAGAAAAAUGAAAAUUGAAAAGUUUUACUUACGUCAGUUUGCUGCUACAACCGUUUUUGUUAAAUAAACAGGAAAAAUAAAGUUCAGAACGUCCAGAAUGGAUAAUUCGUGUGGGUUCCAGCUGCUACUGGAUGCUGCCACACAGUUGGAAUGCAGCACUUCGGGAGCUGAAACAACACGUCAUCAGGAUCAUCCGUAUGCUCUAUCUAUUAGCUGCACCGAAGUGAACAGCACCAAAGCAUCCGAAACCUUGAGCGCCUUCUCAGUAAACUCCCAGCCCGUUCGAUCAAAUCUCCCGACACAACGUUUGGCGUUAGCCGAUAUUACUUAUGGGAUUAACCCAUCGCAAGGAGAAAGCUUGCCAAGGAGAAAGCCCAAAAAGGAAUCCUGCGAUAGUUCAACGUAUCUCAGCGUGUCGCAAUGGCUGGAAAACUUGGAUGAUUGUUGUUUUAAUGUUUCCGAGUGCAGCUUUUCGUCCACCGAUCAGUGUGAUAAUCCAGCUAAUCAUUCGUCGUCGUUCACGCUACGUUCACCUCCAUCCGAGCCUCCGUCCUUCAUGUCUAUUCACCCUCCCGAUGCGAAGCAAUUUAAGAAGGCAGCAACCGGCUACGCUGGCACCGCGCCCUGCGUUCCUGGGCGGAGUUGUGUUGCAAACCAUUCUGGUGAGCUACACCAGAAUCGCGCCUCGUCUGAUCCGAAGCUCGUUGAUCCAGCUGAGCAUACUGAUUCACAACUGCGGCCAAGUUCUCGAUCAAAGCAUCUGUCUCAACCACGAACCACGCCCUACUCUUUGUCGGCAAAAAGCUCCAGCAGCAAUUUCGGAAUUUCUAACCCACCCGAGCGCAGUGCCGCCUCUUUAGUCGUUCCAGCAAACAUUUCCCAUGGUCCCCAAAUCCCAAGCACUGUUCAAGAGCACAGUGAAAUAUUUUCAAAGUCAUUCAACAAAUCAAUCUGCAGAGCAACAACGUCAACACCGAUUCCAACGCGGCCCAAUGAGAUGCAACGAAAAAAAAAAUCAUCGCAACUAUUUGCAGAUGAGACACCUGUGGAUUUAUCCCUUCCAAAGGUUGGUGUUAACAUAGGUCAUGAACCUUCCCAAGACCAGGGCACCAACAGCUCAAUUUGUCGGCCUAUGGAUUUGCGCAUUGCAAAACUUGCAGAUCACGAACUCGAUAAUCAUUACGAAGAGGAUUCCUGUGAUGAAGAAGAUGAUUCUGGAGGCGAUCCGACAUUCCUGAAUGAAUUUUCCAUUUUUGAAUGCUUCGAAGAAUACAGAAAUAUGCAAACCGACGAUGAAGAGUUUCCAGACUCGGACGACGAUAAUUUCGAUUUGCGACCAGCCGUCCAACAGAAGUGCCAAGGUCCAAAAACGAAAAACGAUGCAGGAGAAGGCAGAAGAGAAGAUGAACAAAACGAUUCGAACGAGUUACAGAAAAAUGAGGAAAACGAAACAAUCAAUACCACUCACCAUAAUCUGGAAAACGAAUUAAAUGAUCCGAAAAUCAAAAAGGUCUCGUUAAGAGUCCGAAACAAACAGCUCAAACUCAAAGGAAUGUCGUACACAAGGCCCGAUGGUACCGUGGUUCCCGCUCGUUCUGUUAAGAAGGGAUGCGAAUGCAAAAUGAAAUGUAGCGAGAAAUAUUCGGACAAUGUCAGACAACAGCUGCUUCGAAAUCUUCUGGCUCUCAAAAUGUCAGGACAAAACCAAUUUAUUGCCAAUCAUAUGAUAAUCACCAAAACGGCUCAUCCAAAGGUUGUCAACUCCCGACGUACCUAUUCAAGGUCCUACAGACUUCCAGGAGUUUCUGGUAUGGUGAAAAUUUGCAAGGUGAUGUUCAUGACAACGCUCGACAUAACGGAUCGGAAAUUGAGAAGCCUGGCGGCAAAAAAAAUUGCAGGCCUUGGUGUGGCAGAGGAUGAUCGACGGAGCUUCAAUACGUCUCACAAAGAAGUCAGCCAGGAUCACAUCGAAUUUAUAAGAAAACACAUAGACAGCUUCCCGGCCUACUCUAGUCAUUAUUCUCGAGAGAGUUCGGAGAAGCGAUAUCUGUCAAGCGAUCUGACCAUACAAACCAUGUAUGACUUGUACAGAGAAAAAUGUAGCAGGGAUAACUUGUGGAUACCUGUACAUUACGAUACCUACCGAAUAAUCUUCAGGGACAAGAACUUGUCAUUCAGGAAGCCGAAGGUAGACGUUUGUGGCGAAUGCGAAAAAUACAGAAUUGCUAUCAAAGGAGAAUUGGAUUUGAAUGCGAAGGCCACAUUAACCCUCCUUUGGCAUUAGGGUCAUUUUUGACCCAAA